AUGGCAGGACACAACAAGCCUUGUCCAGGCGAGAGAUUUCAAUUUAUAUCCAUACAGAAUCCAAAUGACGCCAAGGAUCGCACAACGAGGCGUCUCGCGCGGUCGCAUGCCGUAGCGCGGGGCCUCGAGAAGAAAAGAAGGCGUCUGCAACAGUCAGGCCAUAACUUUGUCGCGGCAUUUGUGAAAGAUGACCCUGUCAGUAAAAGCAAAGAGAUCAACUGUGAUACAAUCACCUCACCGAAUUCGCUCUCUACAGUAGCCGCCCCUGGGCCAUUCCAAUUAUUGGCUGCAGAAUCGCCGCGAUUGCAGGCAUUACUUAGUCAGCACGGCAGCAUACGUGCUACAGAGCCCAUUCUAAGUGUUUCGGAAGAGCAUGUGCUCCAGAACUUCCAGUCAGUCCUUCGAAAAGGACUUGAUGACCGCGCUCUGUUGAAUGCGGUCAUGUUAACUUAUACUUCGGCAUCUACUCCAAGCAGCUGCAAUAACGAUUAUUUCAAAUACCAAACCGAAGCACUGAGCUCCAUUCGUCAAAAUUUGAGAUCUUCGGAUGGAGCUACCUCCGAAUCAACCAUGGGAGCCAUUCUGCUACUCGCUGGUAUUGAGGCCCGACUUGGGAUGCCACGUUCAGUGCAGCUUCAUAUGGGAGCAAUACAACAGCUUCUCGACGUCUGUCAAAGAAAAGGUAUACAUUUGGGUGAAGCCAUUAAGAGGGCUAUUUUCUGGCAAGAUUUAAAUUGCUCGGUCAUGACGGGAUCAACCCGAAUUGUCGACCACACAACGUUCUCCGAGCUCAAGUGGACCAGACACCCUCGCUUUUCGGAUUUCUUUGUCCUGCCACCUGGGUUCAAAUCUCUGUCCUAUUCAUUGGGUGACGAAUUUAUUGAAAUCCUUAAGGACGUUUAUGCAUUACAAUGUAUCCGAGAUAAUCUGUGGGGUGCAACAGAAGCUGCGAUAUCUAUGGCAUAUAUCGAUAAUCACCAGGCAAACAUUCAGUCGAGGCUAAUCUGGCGUACUUCAGUCAUUCCUUCACAUCUUUCGUUACAACUACUAUACAAGUUGCAAGAAGUGAAUGAUGACCGAAUCUGGGAACAUCACCCGGGACUUCUGGCAUGGAUGCUUUACAUCGGAGGCGCUUUUGCCCCUGUUGGGCCUAUACGAUCUAAUUACGUGGCACUGCUCCAUAAGAACCGUAUAUCUAGGUUCAAAGGCCUGGAUACAUCGUGGCUAGAGUUGCUAGAGAUUUUGAAGCAGUACAUCUGGUCCGAAAAGGCAUUUGCGUCGCAAGUUGAGGCCUUUUGGAAAGAGACGUCAGUUUAG